CCGGAGUUGUUGUGGUGAUGUGGAAUAAACAGCAAUGGAUCACUAGAUAAACUUUUUUUUUUUAUAUAAAAGAAGGCAUAUACUUUUCACUUCGGCAUAGGUGGCCGUUUUACAAAUCGAAAAAUUCUUACAAAUUCGAAACCGGAGCACCGAUUUUGCGAUUUACUGGGGCACGCAAAACGUCAUGUAUCAAAUCGGCAAGGUAAACCAAAUACAGCAACAGGAUUACGAACUACCCGAGCCCCCAAACGACUCCAUAUCAGCGCUGGAGUUUGCGCCGCGAUCGAGUUCCUGGAACGCAAUCUGCGCCGGAAGUUGGGAUAACACUGUGCGCAUUUGGGAGGUGCAAGCGGACAGGCUUGUUCCCAAGGUCAUGAAGUCGCUGGAGGGCAUACCAUUCGAUCUCACUUGGAACGACUCAGGCAACAAGGUGUACCUGAGCGAGUCCAGCGGCCAGGUGUCCGAGUGGGACUUGGAAUCCAACCAGCUGAGGAGGGUGGGACUUCACGCGCGAGCAGCACGCACCUGCCAUUGGGUGGGGCCCUAUUUCGCCACAACCUCCUGGGACAAGUCCAUCAGGUUCUGGGACCCGCGUGCUGCCAUGGAACUCACCAGGAUGGAGCUACCAGAUCGAAGCUACGCCGCCGAUGUGCUGAACGACGUGGCGGUGGUGGCCUGCGGCGAUCGCUCCAUCCUGGUCUACACUCUGCGGGGCGGACCCGUGGAGCAGGGGCGCAUGAAGAGCCCGGGCGAGGCCAACACCCAAGUGCGAUCGGUGGCGCUCCACCAGGACAUAGAUCUGACCAGCUGGCUCAUUGCCAAGACGAAUGGCAUGGUGUUCGAUCAGAGCAUGGUUCACCGCACGGCCUGUUUUCCAAUCAGAUGCCAUCGGCGGGAGAAUUCGGGCAUCCUGGACGUCUAUGCAGUGAACGAAGUGAAGGUCAACAUGGUGACGCAGCACAUUGCCACUGUGGGAUCGGAUGGAGUGUUCUGCUUCUGGGACAGCCAGAUGCGUUCCAAGCUGCUGGAAAGCAAGGUCCAUCCUCAGCCAAUCACCAAGUGCGCCAUCAGCGGCGAUGGCAAGCUCUUUGCGUAUGCCCUGGGCUACGAUUGGUCCAAGGGACACGAGUACUCGGAUUCCAGCAUAAAGCCCCACAUAUUCCUGCGCCAGUUUGGAAGGAAUGUUGCUGCCUAAAAGCCGAACUAAAAGCUGUAUUUUUUAUA